AUGAGACAAUGCCUCAAUUCGUUACGUGUGACCGGACAGCCCGAGCCGCUUCUCGAGGCGUCAAAGAAGUCCCCCAAGCGCAAGAGAACGUGCAAAGCCACGCCUCGCAAGCGACAAGGAGUGGCGAAGCCCACAACCAAGGUUGUGGGCAAUCGGGUCUCGGCACGGACGACCCGACAGAAUGGGGAAGGAAAAGGAACUUCCAAGGCCACACCCAAGAGCGCCGACCUCACGCCGAGUACAGGGGGUGACGAAGAGGAGAUCAAGGACAGCAGCAUCGGCAACACCGACGAUGACUAUGACAGCGAUGAGCGGCCGCCCAAGGGCAAGAGAACAUCCAAAGCCGCGCCUCGCAAGCGUCAAGGGGUGGGAACGCCCACAACCUUGGUUGUGGGCAGUCCGAGCUCGACACGGACAACCCGACAGAAAGGAAAAGGCAAAGGAAAGGCCAUAGCGGCGCCCACAAGCGCCAACCUCACGUCGAGUACAGGGAACGAUGACGAGGAGGAGGUCGACGAGGGCAGCGUUACCAAUGUCGACGGUGAGAGCGGUGAUCGGCCCCCGAAGCUAUCCGCGAUUCUCGCGAGCAAGACGCUUUUGCCGGGAGAGUGGAAGGAGAUUUGCAAGGACAUGAACACGGGUCAGAUCACGGCCGGCUCGAUGUGGAAACAGGAAGAGGAUGAUGAAGCCACCGCACCCGUACAGAAGUACCUGGUUAAGUGGGAUGGCAAGAGCUACCUCCACGUGUCGUGGGAAGUUUCGACGGACCUCGUUGAGUUGACGAGCAAAACCAACACACAGCUGAAGCGUGUCUUGGACGUGGACAGGGUAGAGGGGCAGGAGACGCGCCUGCUGGUCAAGUGGGCCGGCAGCUCCUACUCUUUAUGCACGUACGAGCUUGUCAGUGACCUGAACAACGCUGGACUGAAAACCGCAGAGGCGGUUGAGGCGUACCACAGACGGGAGGACAUGAAGAGCUUCGUAAGCCUGAAAGCUACGCGGAAGGUCGCCGAUGGUGCCCCCGACCUGGACAAGGAACCGCCCGUCUUCAAGAACGGAGGGUCUCUCAGGGACUACCAGAGGGAGGGGGUGCGCUGGAUGAUUCACAACUGGCUGCAAGGCCGCGGGAGCAUCCUCGCCGACGAAAUGGGGCUGGGCAAGACCCUCCAGACGGUGGCGUCUCUGUCCAUCGUCCACAACGACUACGGCAAGCGGGGGCCAUUCUUGGUGAUCGCUCUAUUGUCUACCGUGCCGGACUGGCUGAGGGAAUUCCAAACGUGGUCCGACAUGAACGCCGUCGUGUUUCACGGAGACAAGGAGGAUCGAGAAAUCCUCGAGGGCUACGAGAUGGAGUUCGCUGGGGAUAAGGGCCGAGCAGAGAAGGACAAGACCAGGAUAAAGGGGAAGCGCGUCUGGAAGUCUACCGUGGUCAUCACAUCUCCAAAGCUGUGCAUCCGUAAGGAUGUGAAGGCCCUGCUCCAGUGCAAGAUCACGUGGGACGUCCUGGUGGUGGACAAAGCACAUCGUCUCAAGAACAGCGCCUCAAGACUCAACGUGGUUUUGAAGGACUACACGAUUGAGUCCAGCCUGCUGCUAACUGGAACUCCGCUGCAGAACAACACAAAGGAGCUUUGGACGCUCCUGAAUCUCGUCGAUCAACCUAAGUUCAGAGACCAGAGGGGGGUUGUGGAGAAGUACGGAGACCUUCCGGUGCGGCAGCGCCACCGUGUAUUGGAUGUGCAAUGCUCUGUCCGCUUCAUGGACAAAGUUCAAAUAUUUGAUAUCAGCGCCCUUCUUCUUUUCCUGCAGCGCCUGGCGAGGGGUCCGUCCCCGGAGAUCCCUGCUCUCAACAAGAAGCUCUAUACCCAAGUGAUCCAGCCGGGUGCUAACGAGCUGAGCGAAGCGGAGGACGUGUCAGAGCUCCAAGAAGAAAUCAAGUCCUACCUGCUGCGGCGCAUGAAGGAGGACGUGGAGAAGGCGGUGCUCCCCAAGGAAGAGAUCAUCAUUGAGGUCGAACUGACGGAGAUCCAGAAGCAGUACUACCGUGCCAUCUACGACCGGAACACGACCUUCCUCCUCCAAGGGAAGAAGCAAGCGAAGGACGCCCCGAGCCUGAUGAACCUCGCCAUGCAGCUGAGGAAGUGCUACAACCACCCCUAUCUCAUCACGCGUAUUUUUUCUCGUCUACAGGAACACCUCGUAAAGCACUCUGGCAAGCUGGUUCUCCUAGACAAGCUUCUGCCGAGGCUCAAGACGCAAGGGCAUCGUGUCCUUCUGUUCAGCCAGUUCAAGGAGAUCGACAGCUUCCAGGCCCCCGAUAGCGACAUGCUGGUGAUGCUGCUCUCGACAAGGGCGGGCGGGGUCGGUAUCACUCUCACGGCCGCGGACACCUGCAUCAUCUACGACAGUGACUGGAAUCCACAGGCCAACUACCUAACAACGGAUAGCGAGAGCAGCAGCGAGGAGGAGAGUGAGGACGAAGCCUACGUACCCAACCCGCAAUCUGAGGAGGACGAAUCGAGCGGCGACGAGUUCGCCCAAGUGCCGGAGAAGGCCGUUGUGCUCAAGGGUACGCACCUUUCCUCUCUCAACGUCAACACCGAGGCGUCAAAAGAGCGCUCCCAGUCUCUGGCAGCACAGGCUUGGUGUGCGGGAGAGAGGCUGCUCGGCCCCCAUGUCCCAGUCGCCGAUGACAGCGAUGACGACCAAUCGAGCGCUGGGCCUGACCCAGCGACAACAGAGACCCCGGGGAAUCUCAACCAGGAUUCCUUCAUCGAACGAGACCCUGUCGCACCGGGAGCCGACUGUUGUUUGGGCAGGAAGAUCGACGCCGGCGUUGACUCAAGCGUUGCCAGACGUUCUCCACGCCGGGCGUCGGCACCGGGGAUGUCGCCGCCCCCGGUGGGGGCGGCAGCGGCGGCGCGACGUGCGGCGGACAACUUUAACUUGAUGGAAGACUGGGAUGAUUUUUUCCGCCGCCCGGCAGACCCUGCCCCUUCCCCUGCCCCGACCAGUGGCAAGUGCGGGGUGUGCCUGGGUACGGCCACGGACGAACAGCAGAGAGUUUUGCUCGUGUGCCGGCGGUGCCUGGUUUGCCAACAAAGGGGUCGAGACGCAAAGUCCUAUUCCAUCACCCCGGCAAAGUCCUACUCCAUGAUCGCGACGCACGAGGGCAACUUUGUGCACUACCUGUGCUUCAAGAAAGCCGUCCGGGAUGCAGAAGUCCCGUCGGACUUCGACGAAGUGCGAGGUAGGUUCCUCCCUCUUUGCGGCGCGGUUCAAGCCGCGAGAGUCCAGCGCAAGCACGAUAAGCAGUGGAAAGGGUCGGGCCCGCACAUGACCAUCCAGUGCAAGAAGCACCUCCGAGAGGUGGACGAAGCCAGGGAGAAGCAAGAGAAACUGCGACAAAAGUACAACCACGAAGACGACCAAGCUUGGGCGGCCAACAGAAAGGAAAGAGGCGGAUCCCCGGCCAAGGCUUUCAACUGGGCCAGCGCUAGCGGUUCGAGCUGGGGAGGUGAGGACGGAAGGGAAGAGUCGACUCGCCAUGGCCCUGGGCGGGGAACUGCAAGAGUAUCUUGA